CCCCCGCCUGGGCGCCAGCGGGAGGAGGAGCUGCGGCGCCCAAGGCUACUCCGGCAGGUCGCUGGCGUGGUGCGAACUCACCGACGGCGCGGGGCUGCAGCUCCCGGUGUGCAGGAGGCGCGGGCGGCCUUGGAGCCAUGGAGCCUGGUGGUGACGCGGCGCGCCUUGGCCCGGGGCGGGCGGCCCGGGUGCUGCCACAGCGGCUGCUGCUGCUGUCGCUGGUGCCGCUGCUGCUGGGUCGGGGGCUGCGUGUCGCUGCCGCGGCCUCCUCCUCUGGGGCGGCGGCUGAGGACAGCAGCGCCAUGGAGGAGCUCGCCACUGAGAAGGAGGCAGAGGAGAGCCACCGGCAAGACAGCGUGAGCCUGCUCACCUUCAUCUUGCUGCUCACGCUCACCAUCCUCACCAUCUGGCUCUUCAAGCACCGCCGGGUGCGCUUCCUGCAUGAGACCGGGCUGGCCAUGAUCUAUGGGCUCAUCGUUGGGGUGAUUCUGAGGUAUGGCACCCCUGCCACCAGUGGCCAUGACAAAUCACUCAGCUGCACUCAGGAAGACAGGGCCUUCAGCACCUUGUUAGUUAAUGUCAGUGGCAAGUUCUUCGAAUACACCCUGAAAGGAGAAAUCAGCCCUGGCAAGAUCAACAAUGUAGAGCAGAAUGACAUGCUGAGGAAGGUAACGUUUGAUCCGGAGGUCUUUUUCAACAUUCUGCUGCCUCCAAUAAUUUUCCAUGCUGGGUAUAGUUUAAAGAAGAGACACUUUUUCAGAAAUCUUGGGUCUAUUUUGGCCUAUGCCUUCUUGGGGACUGCCGUUUCCUGCUUCAUUAUUGGAAAUCUCAUGUAUGGUGUGGUGAAGCUCAUGAAGAUAGUGGGACAGCUCUCGGAUAAAUUUUACUACACGGAUUGUCUUUUUUUUGGAGCAAUUAUCUCUGCCACUGACCCAGUGACUGUACUGGCGAUAUUUAAUGAGUUGCAUGCAGAUGUGGACCUUUAUGCACUUCUGUUUGGAGAAAGCGUGCUAAAUGAUGCUGUUGCCAUUGUGCUGUCAUCGUCUAUUGUUGCCUACCAGCCAGCAGGGCUGAACACUCACGCCUUUGAUGCUGCUGCCUUUUUUAAGUCAGUUGGCAUUUUUCUAGGUAUAUUUAGUGGCUCUUUUACCAUGGGAGCUGUGACUGGUGUUGUGACUGCUCUAGUGACCAAGUUUACCAAGCUGCACUGCUUCCCCCUGCUGGAGACAGCACUCUUCUUCCUGAUGUCCUGGAGCACGUUCCUCUUGGCGGAAGCCUGUGGGUUUACAGGUGUUGUAGCUGUCCUUUUCUGUGGAAUCACACAAGCUCAUUACACCUACAACAACCUGUCAGUGGAAUCAAGAAGUCGAACGAAGCAGCUCUUCGAGGUGUUACACUUCCUGGCAGAGAACUUCAUCUUCUCCUACAUGGGCCUGGCGCUGUUUACCUUCCAGAAGCAUGUUUUCAGCCCUGUUUUCAUCAUUGGAGCUUUUGUUGCCAUCUUCCUGGGCAGAGCUGCACAUAUCUAUCCACUCUCCUUCUUCCUCAACUUGGGCAGAAGGCAUAAGAUUGGCUGGAAUUUUCAACACAUGAUGAUGUUUUCAGGCCUCAGGGGAGCGAUGGCAUUUGCACUGGCCAUCCGAGACACGGCGUCCUACGCUCGCCAGAUGAUGUUCACAACCACUCUCCUCAUCGUCUUCUUCACUGUCUGGAUCGUUGGUGGAGGCACGACACCCAUGUUGUCAUGGCUUAAUAUAAGAGUUGGCGUCGAGGAGCCCUUUGAAGAGGACCAGAACGAACACUGCUGGCAGUACUUCAGAGUUGGUGUUGACCCAGAUCAAGACCCACCACCCAACAAUGACAGCUUUCAAGUCUUACAAGGGGAUGGUCCAGAUUCUGCUGGGGGAAACCGGACAAAGCAGGAGAGUGCCUGGCUGUUCAGGCUGUGGUACAGCUUUGACCACAAUUACUUGAAGCCGAUCCUCACACACAGCGGCCCUCCAUUAACCACCACUCUCCCAGCUUGGUGUGGCUUACUCGCUCGAUGUCUGACCAGUCCCCAGGUAUACGACAACCAAGAGCCACUGAGAGAAGAAGACUCUGAUUUCAUCCUGACCGAGGGUGACCUCACCUUGACCUAUGGGGACAGCACAGUGACUGCCAAUGGCUCCUCAGGCUCCCACACGGCCUCCACGAGCCUCGAGAGUGGUCGGAGAACAAAGAGCAGCUCAGAGGAGGUGCUGGAACGAGACCUGGGAAUGGGAGACCAGAAGGUUUCAAGCCGCGGCACCCGCCUAGUGUUCCCCCUGGAGGAUAAUGCAUGACUUUCCCCCUAAACCCUGACGCGAUGGAGUAGGCUCACCUGUGGGGUGAGGCUGGCUGCACGUUCCAGUGUUGUUUGAGGUGGGACAGUGAGUGAAUGGAAUUAACACUUCUAUUUUAUUGAGGUCUGAAGAUACCUUAACAUUUAAAAUUUAACCCAAGAUGCAGAUGGUGGGGCUCAAGUGUGUCUAAAUAAAGACAAAUGCAGACCUAUUCCCACUUUUUCACAUAGUAGUGCGCUGUUCAGAGUUAAACAAGCAAAAAUCGCAUGCUUUAAUGGUCCCUUAAUUCAUUCACCUGCGGUAUCUGAACAAGGUGUGGCAGGUGCUGGGGAUUCCCCCCCACUGCCCCCACAGAAGAGGCUUCAUAUCCAUACCCAGCAGUGCAAGUGUAGCUGGCUGUAGGAAUAUUGAGUGAGGGGAGAACAGGCUAGAAGAAAGAUCGUGAAGGAAGGCAAGUUAGAUUGGACCUCUAAGGAUUAGGGGCAGCUGAUAAUAAAUGGAACAGAAAACAUGAAAAAGUAAUUUGAGUGGAGGCUCCAGCAUUGCGGGCUGUGUGACAGCAACUUCAUCUCAGGAUUCCUGACUUCUUUUGCUACCUGUGUUUCCUCUAGACUGAAGAGUGGAAAAUAUAUCCAUGAACAUUUCAACAUGGGGGAAAGAAUUAUAAUUCCUUCUCUGGAAAUCUCCAUGAAGAAGAAGUUACUGAAAUGUUUAAAACCAAAGGCAAAAUAGUGUUAUACUGUUGUUUUUUAAUUAACCUGAAGGCAGGAAGAACUUUAGAAACGGAUGAUGAUAUCACUGCAAAAAUCAGUUCUUGAAGGCUGCCAUAUGAGCUGACUUCCUGGGAAAUGAUGAAUAGAACUGAGAUAUCUACUGUGGGUUUAGAAAAUCUUUGGGGCGCUUUGAUCUGGAGAAGGCAGCAAGUAGCGUAAGAGGCAGUACGCUAGUAUUCAAAGGGAAGAAAUCUCACUGCGAAAUAAAUAAAUAGCUGCAAAACAAAUGCAGAUAGAGUGCUAAAGACUGAACAGAAUUCCCAACGUUAAGCUAAGAAAUGCACGCGAUUUCAGUGGCUGCCUGAGGAAUCGGAGGCAUCAGGAGAAAGUUAAGCAUAAUUCAGCCCAGUGGCAGGUUCUGUCUACGAUAAGAUUAAGAAUCCGGGUGUCUGGACACUGAAUGCCAUGUAGAGAAGUGUCAUUUUCUUGGUAUCUGCUAGGCUUGCACCAGCUUAAUGUGUGAGUGUUGUUUGAAAUUUAGGUCUAUAGUUUGGGUUCUUUGUAGGUGAGCUAUUUUACCUGCCCAUACUUAUAGUAGGUGCAAUACUGAGAGCAGUCUUGGAAACCAAGUUUGAGAUUCUUCCCAAGUCUCUAUGCUUCAGUGCUGGUAUAUUUGAAAACCCAAUUUCUAAAAAUUGCUUCCAUGAAAUGUGGGCAUUUUUAUUAUGGCAGACAAAAUAGUGGCCCGAUCUAGUCCACCCAUAAUGAAAUCAGCCAAUGAACCUUCUUAAGUCACAUUUUUAAUGGCUAAUUUUUAAAUAAGACAUUGCUUCACACUUAGUUUUUCAAUUGAUAAUUUGUGCAAACCAGGAAAGAUGUAUUAUUAGGUUGAGCCAUAUGAAAUCGUUGGUUUUCAACCAUUUUUAAGAAAUAGAAAUGACAAUUUCCUAUGGUUUAGAAUGGAAUGAGUUUUUUUAUUCCUCUCUUUCUAUCUACACUAAAGUCCAUUUUGAGUUUAUGGUCAGCCCUGGGCUUUGUUUAAGAUUGGAAAAAAAGCUAAACAACGUUCCUAACUCCAUGAAAUUCAGGGUUACCUAGGCUAGUGAAGGACUUAAGAAAACCUAUGACCCACAGCCAGAGAAACAGUUUUCUUAAAGAGUCACUGGAUAGGAAGUCAGACUGCAGAGAGCAGCGGCUAAGCUUGAUAGAAGGCUGCAGAUGUGUGUAAGUACCUGUGCCCAGAACCACAACAGGACUUUUUAUUCAGUGGAGUUAUCUCCGUAAUGACCAGCCAUACCAUGUAAACUUUGUGAACUUUUGUGUGUGCUUGUUUUUUGCAGAGAUGGAGGAAUAGGCUGGUUGGCUCUUUAGUUGGCUCUUUAUAAAGCUUUGCUUAUCUCUUAUGUUGCUUGCUUAUUUAAUUUCCGAGAGAAGCAGCUAACAGAAAAACCCUGAUGAUGGUUCUUGAAAAGAAGCAACUAGGUAGGGCACACCCUCUCUUCAUUAACCUCAAGGCUUUAUUGUCAUUUUGGUUUAUCAGGAAGCUUUCAGCAAAUUAUAAGAAAUUGUCCUCAUAGGGAGGAAAAAUAAACACUGAGUUUUCCAUCCUAGUCUUAGGUCAAUCCAUAGAUCGUUGUGUUUUCCCCCAAAGGGUCUUGUAGUCUUCAUUGCAAACAUUUAUCCUGACCUACUUAAACAUGAGUAAAUGGAGAUUUGCCAAGACCAAAAUUUAGCUAGAGUUGUAGUUAUUUGGUUGAUUUUUUUAAUUCAGUUGAUCAGAGUAAGUCACUAACUGACCUAUGGUCCUAAUUUUUAUUUGCAAAAUGUGGAGAGUAAUGCUGACCUUACCAGGGGUCUGGAGUGUGAGCCAUUCAUCGAAAUACUUCCACUUCUAGAAGCAUUAUGCCUACACCGAGUCGUGAAAAGUAGGCUGCCACGAAGCCCAGAAACCAUCUAACUCAUGGCCAACUAUCUGCUGCCAGUCUGGCAUAAACCACAUUGAAACUACUGAGCAAUGGUACAUCUAACUAAAUAAAGUUCUUUUGAGAGGGUAAUCUUAAGUUAUCCUCUAAACAUAUUUGUUCUGGGUUGGGGGGUGCUGUGACAGUUCAGCAGAGUUAGAUGUUUUAGUGGAGAAGAUCUCAACCAUGGCUGCACAUUAGGAUUACCUGGCCCAUUUUUUAAGUGGGGACCUGGCUUCCGAGCUGUGUUUUGGCUUCUCGGGGUUGAGAGCCUUUAGUCUAGAACUUGCAGGGGACCCUAAUUGGAACCUUAAAGAAUGGCCUAGCAAAUUAAGUUUUAAAAAUUUGUUAGUUGUGUGUAACAAACUGAGUCUUGAUCAGUAAUACAGACUGGGUACCUAUGAGUUUUGUACUACUAAUCUUUGCAGAAUUCAAGAAUGUACUCCAUAAAGUACAGCUGGUAAAAAAAAAAAGUCGCAUUUGAAAACUUAGAAGGAUGACUUGAGUGUUUGUGGGGGGAGAUUAAAAACCUGUCAUCUUUGCCCCCAUUUGUUGGGGGGGAGAAGGUGGUUUUGUGUUAACUGAGCUGCUGACUAAUCAAAUGUGAAGGUUUCUGAGAAGCUGUCUUUUCAAUUUAACCUGGGAUUAAAUUAAUAGUCCCCUUUGCAGUUGAGUGAACUUUCUCUGUACACUCCACUUGUCCCCGUGCCAGCAUCCACGCUGGACUCCUCAGGAAGGGAGUGGGCCCUUGUAUUGCCAGAGCAGAGGCCCCGUGCUAAGUGGAAGGUUGUGAUUCCUUUGCUGUCACGUGGUGGUAGUGUUGGUAGCUGGUAAUUAAGGAGAUACAAACUUUUGUGUAGCACUGACGAGAGGGAAGAUACCAAACUUCUGUCAUUCCUUUUAAUAUUCUUUUUGGGGACUACAAGGAGGUCUGAACUUUCUCUCCUAGAGAGGGAAAUUUGGAAUUUAAAUCAGGCUGCAUUUCUUCCUAGGAAACAAGUAUAGGAAAGGCAUGUGUUAUUAAAUGGACUCUGGCCAUCCGGGGUACUUACUGGGGGACCAUACAAAUAAGCAUUGGUGCCUUGCAGCCAAAAAUCACACUGUGACAGCAAGUGUUUCAUCAAGCAAACAGCAAGGAGCUCUUUAGGCUGUGAUCCCUAGACCUGAAAAUAUCUUCUGUGGCUUGGUUGACAAGUGAAAUUUUAGAAAACACCAAAAAUGUUAUCUUAGCUAUCCGUGAACAUUUCAGUCCAGGGCAAAGAAGUAACACGUCCUUCCAAAACAGAGGUCUGUCUCACGUCCCCCACCCCAUCAUAUCUCCCUUUCUCUGUCCGUAGUGGAAGUUAAUGUAAUCAUGUCAGAUAUUUAAUGUGUACAGAAUGAUUUCUAAAUGUAGACACACUGACGCACUUAGAGGAGGUCAGUGGCAGGGCAAGCCAGCAAAUGAUCAGAGGGGAAAUCGCCCGCUUAGAAACCUACCUUGGUUACCCACUGUGAGAGAUGCAUCAGAAAGCUGAUUUUGCCAUCUAUUGUCAAAAGUAAUCGGAAUGAGGGCCGCUAGAAAGUCAGCUUGCUACUCAGUAAGUACAUGAAUUUUUAUUUCACUUCAGAAAUGGGAAACAAGUUUCAUGUCUUUGAUGUUGAUUCUGUAGGUGAGUUAGUAUAGGAGCCAGUCUGUCAGAUAUUUUAGAGGUAUCAUUGAGUUCUGAUCUCUUCUGUUGUUUUCUAAAGGAGAAUCUGGCUUGCCAGUGUCAGUUGCUACGUUCUGAUACAGUAAGUUGAAGGAAUCCAGUGGCCAACAGAAUUUAGAAACAACCCGUCUGAAUGCUGCUUUCACCACUUUGAUACCUGAAAAAGACCUUCCCCCUUUCUAAAACCUAAUAAGAACAAUAUAAAGAGAAACAGUCUAGAAACUAAUGCAAGUGUCUAACUAAGAAAAGCAAGUAGGCUCUUUGACAAUCCUUUCAAGACAAAAUUUAGAAAUAAGCAUUUUUCCAGUUUCAAUUUUUGUAACUAGAGUUUUUUUUUAAUUAACAAACACAUCUUGUCACCCAGUGUUAGCAGAAAUCGUAAAGAGGAAAACCAAAGUUUUUGAUGUCAGUUUUAUUUUUGUAAGCAGGGUAUACUAUAACCAUGGCCCACAUGGAACACCCAGGCAGCCAGUUUUCCGCUACCUGAGUCUUGGAGAAGAUGAGAAGGAAGGGCUCCCUGUUCUGCUGCCUUUUGAAACGGUCUGAAACAAACAUGAGAGCACUUGGGAGAGAUUACCUUCUCCUUCUGAUGGCCACCUUUUCAAGGUUAACAGAAAUGCCAAAUGUCAUAGUCAGCUCGACCCUGGUCAGUGGAAAAUGAUCUAGGCCUGUAUAUGUUGGAGGAGCUCAGAUAGUAAAGGACUUGUAAACAGCAUGAAGAACUCUACAUCUGCUGAUAAAGCACUUAAAAAGUUAAGAUCCAAGUGUGACUGGGUGGUGUCUCACUGCAUGGACGUUUGGGGGUUGACUUCUGUUGAUUAUUCCAGUUGUGGGCUUUGGAGAAGAAGAGGAAUGAUUUUCAGUUGUGUGGGUGUGAAGUCUAUAGAUUUACAAUUUAUCACUGAAAUCACUCAUUCAAAGUAUGACUUCAUAGUAGGGUCGCCUCCUCCUAGGUUGUCUUUAUUUUUUACAUAAAAUACAUCUGGUACAAUUUACUUAGGAAGUUUUACUAUGUUCAUUAAAAUUAUUCAGUGGGAAGGCCACCAAGAUUCCCUGAUAGCUGAACAGCAAUUUUAAAAAUAGAAUAGGUUAAUUUAACAUAGGACGAUGUGACCUUCUGGGGAACUUUUUAUAGAGAGCUUACAUACUGUACUUAGGGAGAAUUUUGUCUUCUACUUCCAUUCAACAGUGGCAAACUGGUGGUUUUAUAAAAUUAAUUAUAGUAUGUUAUAUAAACAUGUUAUGUAAAAUAAUAUUAAAGUAUGUUUAACAGUGUAACAGUGAAGACUUGGAGUUAUCGGCCACCUUUAUGUGCAAUAAGGAAAACUGCAGUUAGGCCCCAAAGUGCUAUCUUUCCCUAGCAUCCUACUUAAUGUUUGCCUUUGUGUAUAUGUUUAGAUUGAUAUUGUAAAGCUAUCCACAUGUUUUCCUGCCUUUGCUGAGAUUUAACACAUUUUUCUCAAAGCUUUUUUUUUAUAUAAAACUCGAAAUAAAAAGAUUAACUGGCUGAGCUAAUCUUGUUUUGUAUUUAAAAAGCAUUUUCUAUUAGAAGGGUACAGUAUGAUCCUAAUCUCAGUCUCUUUCCCUCACUGAGAGGUUCUUUUCUGGAUGAAAGCUGUUCCUCUCCAGCUUCUUUUAGACCAGGAGUUGACAAAUUACAGCUGGCCCCUGGACCAAGUCUGGCCCACCGCCUGGUUUUGUAAAUAAAGUUUUAUUGGCAUACAGUACCUCACUCAUUUGCACAUUUUCUGUGACUGCUUUCAUUUAGAACUGAGGAGUUGUGACAGAAAUGAGCAACUAUUUGCUCAUAAAGCCUGAACUGUUUACUAUCUGGCUUUUUACAGAAAAGAUUUUUGCUGACCCCUGAUGUAGAUGCUUGGAAAACUUUAGUUUUAAAAUAGUAUCUAAAAAUCAUGGCAACAGACAUUUGAGAUUUUUUUAAAAAUGUGCCUUAGGGUUAAAAGAAACAGUUUAAACUUGGUCUCUGCUUGUGACUUCUUCUGGCCUGCAACAGUCUUUAACAAGCUUUGAGUGUUGGAUAAUUGCUAAGAUUCUUGAACCCAACA